UAUGCGCUUUUGGUGGCCCUUUAAGGGCAUCAAACUGUUCAGAUUUGUCGGUAGGAAAGUCUCAGCAAGGGAUGAGAGUGGAUAAAAAAAAGUGCGUUCGAACUUAUUGAAUCUGUUAAACAUGGAGAAUUUUUACGAUAGAAAAUAUUGGAGCCAAGACGCGAGAAAAGCUUUUGCACUUUUCGCCGCGAUAACGUGGCCUUUCGGUCUUUGGCCACUCGUUCCCGUUAAUUUCUUCCUUACAUUCCGCGUCUUACUCGGCAUCGGAUUAGUGUUUGGUACCGUUGCAAUUCCCUUUCGAGAGAUGUGCGUGCGAUGCGGGACAGCGGAGGACAUGAUCGACGACCUGAUCGUCGUGGCAACGGGGGUGCUCGCGCUGUCGAAAUUAAUUUGUUAUCACGUAUAUCGCGACAGAUUGCAACCAAGCGUCGUGUCCGCGAUCGAAGAUUGGUCAUCUCAAGAAUCGAAGGAGUUUAAAAACAUAAUGACGAGUCAGGAGCGCACUUACAAGAGCGUCGCGUUCGCCCUUAUUUCGACGGCUGCGGCCUCCACGUUCUUGUAUUCCGUGAAGAUUUUUUUCACCGAACCUGACAGAUGGAUCGAGGCUAAAGAGACCGACGGAGAUGUUACGAGCUUUAAUGACACUGGAAACGGCACUCGAAUGGUGCUGAGGAAAAGGUUUCUCUUCCCAUCUACCUGCACACUGAACGAUGUUCCUCCCUUGGUGUACCCAUCUGUUAUCUUCAUCCAGUACAUGCAAGUCCUUGCCACUUGCACAGUAAACACGGGGAGCGAUGCUUUUUUCAUAGCCGUUACGUCUCACCUGUGCGGACAACUGGAGAUUCUUAAGACGAAAUUUUGUACGGUAGGAGAAGAAAACAAUCCGACUGAAAGUCGGAUCAAGUUGAACUCGUUGAUAGGAAGACACGUUCACCUGCUGGAGUUGGCAGCAGGCCUCGAAGACGCCUAUAAUAUCAUCGUCUUCACACAAUUGCUGGUCAGCGUUACGCUCAUUACUGUGUUCGGUUUCUCUUUUCUCAUGACCCUGGAAGAAGACAAUUACGUCGGAGCAAUAAAGAAUGUCGUAGUUAUACAAUUCAUGCUUUUACAAACGUUCAUGUACAGCUACGUGGGUGAAAAUUUGCAGUGCCAAGGUGAUGACAUAAUAACAUCACUUUAUGGGAGUUCGUGGUACGAGUUACCGAAUCACUUGUCUAAAAAUUUGAUCUUCGUUAUGAUGCGAUCGAACGUACCGCUGCAAUUGUCAGCUGGAAAAUUCUUCAGCAUGACACACGCCACUUUUAUGGAUGUUCUGAAAACUUCUGCCUCGUAUCUUUCUGUUUUGAGAAUUAUGAUACAAGAAUAAAGGAGGCAGAAAACUAAUGAAUGCUCUGUCCAGGUUACCAUGAAAUGUGGACAAGUCCACUCAGAAAUUGAGAAUUAAAAAAAGGAUUUCCUCUCGUCCUCUGAUAGCUCGAAAAAUUAGCUCAAUUUUUUAAAUCAUUCCCUGUCGUGCUAUUUCCCUUCAAUUGUUUUUUUUCGUCACCGACUACCGUAAAUUUCAAAGAAAAAUGUACAAACCGUGAUGGAGCUCAACUUGACAUUAGCGCUCGGGUAACGAAUCUGUAUUCACGAAUGUAGGCAAAAAUCGACUGUUACAUCGCUAAAUUCAAAGUUUCUCAUUCAUGCAAACAAAUACGAUUGUUUGUUGUUCCAACAGCGCCGAUGCACUUCUUGCAGUUGAGCGACGUCCACACUGACAACUCGGAUUCUUGAAGAAAAAAAUUACAGUCUUAGAAUCGUCGAUCAAGAAAGACGCGAGGGAACAAAUAAAACAGGCAUUUCCUUGGAAUUAUGUGCAUGUUUGAUAGACCUUUUAUCGUAAAUAAAAUAUGAGGAUUUUGUGCGCA